UUUUAAAAAGACAAACAGUACUAGUGAUAAUCCAGUGAUGGAUAUAGAAGAAGACCAGAAUUCAGAAGAAUGUAGUGGUGAAGAAAAUGAGCCUCUAGUUCUAAGGGGACGUCAAGUAGCUGUCAGAAGUGGGAGAGGACGUCAGGUAGCAGUUAGAAGUGGUAGGGGACAUCAGGUAGCUAUCAGGAGUAGGGGACGCCCUCCGAAAUAUCGCGGUACUCAGGGUAGAGUUGGACGUCCUCCAAAAUAUCCCAAGCGCACAGAUAGAGGGGGACAUCAGGUGUCAGCUGACAGGAGUGAAGGUCGUCCAAGUGAAAGCCAUGUACAUGUACCUCCUGCGCAGAGUUUCAAAACAAACUAUAAAAUUGCAAAGCUCAUUAAUGAUUCUGAACCAAGUAAUAUUGAUCCUGUUAGACUAGCCAUUGAAACCAUCAUCCAAAUAUGGGAAGGAAGAAUGGUUGAAUGGUAUCCAAAGAGUCUUGAGCUACUGGUAUUUGUGCAUCAAUCGUAUCCAAACGUACAACCAAUGAAAGUCAAGAAGCUAGUGUCGAACCUAAAAAUGAAGAUUGGAGUGAUGCUGUUUUUGGAAGGCAAUAACGAUGAGUACACCCAGUUUGUAGCUAAUAAUUUUCCAGGAGAAGCCAAUAAAAGAAUAAGGGAGAAAUUGCUAUCUAUUCAUUGUUUCACUGACGCUUCUGAGCUAGUGUUCAGUGAAGAGGCAGAGAAAGAAUUAAUGGACACUCGUAUUAGUCUAAUCAGAUACCUUGCUAGAGUGACAAAUGAAAUUAUCAGUGCAUUACAUUAACUUUAUUUAUUUUUAAAGAGAAUCUUAUCAGUCACUUUUUGGAUGAAUAUAAAAA